AACAAAAACGAAAAAUGAUACAGGACCAUUAAUUUAUGAGCAGAAAAUAAUCCCCUGGAUCCUCUUGUUUUGUCAAAUCACCAGAACUCUCAACUCAUCAUGUGCAGAUCAUCUCAUUCUAUUCCUCUGUCACGUUCAUUCAUUCAUUCUUCUUCUUCCUAACACCCCUAUAUUUUCAUCUUGAUUAUCAAAGCGCUCGAAUGAAAAUGGUUCGAGCAAACGACGACGAGGAUGAGCAUCAGAACGUCAAGGCCAGGAUCUUCCAGUUUCAGCGGCAGCGCGAUGGAGGCAGACAGACUCAGAGUAUGGCGGAUAUCGACAUCGAUACCAAUAGAUCAGUCUCCCCUGGUCCGGAGAAUAAGCCUCUCCGCACCCAUGCAUCAGCACCUCUGGAGGAUGAAAUUCAAGCUGCACUUGAGUCUGAUGAAACUGUCCUCUCGCCUCUGUCCACUGAGAAAGUCCCCUCUUUAGCCGAAUUGAAAGACAUGGAAGCGAUGAAAGAGAGGUUCGCGAAGUUGCUUCUAGGUGAGGACAUGUCAGGUGGAGGAAAGGGCGCGCCAUCUGCUCUGGCAUUGUCAAAUGCCAUCACAAACCUGGCAGCUUCUGUUUUUAGCGAACAUAAGAAAUUAGAGCCAAUGCCGCCAGAGAUGAAAGCUAGGUGGAAAAAAGAAAUCGACUGGCUCCUAUCUGUUACUGAUCAGAUUGUUGAAUUUGCGCCUUCCAAACAAAGCAAGAAUGGGGUCACUUUUGAAAUAAUGACAACUAGGCAAAGAACUGACCUUCACAUGAACAUCCCUGCUCUACGCAAGCUUGAUGGGAUGGUUAUUGAGGUUUUGGAAAACUUUAAAGAUCAAAACGAGUUUUCUUACAUGUCCAAAAAUGCAACUGAUUCACAAAAAGCGAAAAACAAAAGAAACGAGGAUAAAUGGUGGGUGCCUACGCCAAAAGUUCCACCAAAUGGUCUAUCAGAUGUUACCAGAAAAUGGCUGCAAUUCCAAAAGGACUCUGUGAACCAAGUACAUAAAGCUGCAAUGGCUAUAAAUGCUCAAAUCCUAUCGGAAAUGGAGAUCCCCGAAAGCUACAUUGAAUCUCUACCUAAGAAUGGGAAGGCUUGCCUUGGGGAUUUGAUCUAUAAGAAUAUAACACUGGAAUACUUUGACCCAGAUUAUUUCCUUUCAUCUAUAGACUUGUCCUCGGAGCAUAAGAUAUUGGACCUCAAGAAUAGAAUCGAGGCAUCUAUAGUGAUCUGGAGGAGAAAGAUGACUGCUAAAGACGGAAAGUCUAGUUGGGGAUCAGGCGUGAGUUUGGAGAAGAGAGAACUAUUUGAAGAAAGGUUGGAGACCAUCCUACUGAUUCUGAAGCAUAGAUUCCCAGGAAUCUCUCAGUCAUCACUAGACAUCAGCAAAAUUGAACACAAUCGAGAUGUGGGACAUGCUGUUCUAGAGAGCUAUUCAAGAAUACUAGAAAGCUUGGCAUUUACAGUAAUGUCACGGAUAGAAGAUGUUCAACAUGCAGAUGAAACUUCACGAAAUCCAUCAGUUAGGUCUGUGGAGAGAAAGGCAUACUCUUUUAGAGAAUCCCCAUCAGUUAUAGUAGAGAGGAUACCAAAUGCAAAAGAAGAGGUAGAAAAGAUCAAUUCAGAGGAGGCACCCCUCUCAAUGACAUUGCUGGAUUUCAUGGGUUGGCAAAUGGAUCAAGAAGAGGCUGAGCACAAGAAAGAAGCUCAAGAAGAUGAUUCCACCGAAAAGAAAAAAAUCCCCAGCCUUCUGGCAAAUAAGAAGUUUAAUUAUAUGGAUAGAUAAACUUGAGAAAUACAGUCAGACAUCGUGCAGCUAACCAGUAUUAUCUCAGAAGCAAAUAACUAGAACUUGGGAAGAGACUGACUCAAAAGAAACACCCCAAAACUUAAGUAGACAUGCUUAUAGGAUUGUGAUAUAUAUUUCCAAUAACUGAUGACGGAAUCUCAUAUUGUCUGAACUACUUUUUGUGCUUUCUUUUAUACUGUAUACUUAUAAGAAGUGUAGAAUUUUUCUUGUUCUCCACUUUUGCAUAGUC